GAUGGCUACGUACGCGUUCGCCAACUGUUUCGACAAGCGUUUUGGAGACCUUUGAGAAAUUCUUUGGAGAAGCCUAUCAAUUUAUGAAUCAAAAUCUGGAGCCUAAAAUGGAGCUUCUUGAAUGCAAUUAUAUACGUCAAGCCAUCGAUCUACUUGAGGGGCUACUCACAGGAGUUGACGAGAAAGAGCUAAAGCGAGAUCACCUUGAUCGCUUGAUUCUGUUUUCUAGCAUGUGGUCGCUAGGCGCUUUGCUCGAGUUGUCAGAUCGAAAAAAAUUACAAACCUAUCUAUAUGGGCUUGGUGAGCUAGGCCUUCCGAGAGUGAACCCCUCAAGCGAUGAAACUAUCUUCGAGUACACUGUAAACGAAGCGGGAGCCUGGGAGCAUUGGAUGACCCGAGUUCCCGAGUACAUAUAUCCUAGUGAUCAUACGCCUGACUAUACCACCAUCCUGGUGCCUAACGUCGACAAUACUAGGACUGACUAUCUUAUUCACACGAUAGCAAAGCAAAGCAAGCCGGUGCUGCUGAUUGGAGAACAGGGUACUGCCAAGACUGUAAUGAUUAAGGGUUAUUGCAGCAAGUACAACCCGGAAGAGCACAUGUUUAAGGCCAUCAACUUCUCCAGCGCCACUACGCCCAACAUGUUCCAGCGAACAGUAGAAAGUUAUGUGGACAAACGGAUGGGUAGCACAUACGGCCCACCAGCUGGCAAAAAGAUGACGCUCUUUAUCGAUGAUAUUAACAUGCCUGUGAUAAAUGAGUGGGGCGAUCAAAUAACCAACGAAAUUACUCGUCAAAUGAUGGAAAUGAGUGGACUAUACAGCUUAGAUAAGCCAGGAGACUUCACAACAAUCGUCGAUAUUCAGGUAAAUGUGCCGGAUGCGAUUCGAAUAAAAUAUAUUUUUGUCAAUGAGAUAUGUGCCAGUAUAGAAAUAAAGCUUUCUGUGAACAGCAUGACGAGCGCGAUAAAAAAAUUCAUUAAUGUGUUAAUAAUCGAAAGGAUACAAGCAUAA